GAAGGCCGUGGCGACCAUUCCAAUAAAACGACGCGUUUUGAGCUCCGGGUGCACCACAACAUUCCCAUGGCCGCCGACGACGUGUACAGGGCCCUGAUGGAUCGGUUUCGGAGCUUGGAGCAGAGCCAGGCGAAUUUGAGAGCCCAGUUGGAGGUGCUGAUGGAGGAGCGGAGCAAGGAGGAGGAGGACGGCGGCACUCUGUGGCCGGACAGCGGAUGGGGUCACGUUCCGGGGUAUUUCUCCGGCGGGGGUCCGUGCCGGAGUGUCUUGGAUUCAAUGGGUCACUCUGUUUAUGUGUUCACGCCUUGGUCUGGGGAGAUUUUUUUCUGGAAUCGUUCAGCUGAAAAACUCUAUGGGUGGAAGGAUUGUGAGGUUCUUGGGCAAAGAGUCGUUGACGUUCUUAUUGAUGAAGCAUAUUAUACACAUGUUAAAAAAAUCAUGGAAAAGUUGACCAAUGGGCAAUCAUGGUCAGGUCAGUUUCCUCUUAAGAAGAGGUCUGGUGAGAUAUUUAUGGCUAUAGUGACAAAAAGCCCAUUAUACGAGGACGGUGAUUUUGUUGGUGUUAUCACUGUUUCAAGUGAUGCAGCUUUAUUUAAUAAUAUAACCUCUCAAAAUCUGAGAGCAUAUGAGGAUCAUGCUAAUUGCCAACAUAGAGUACGGGAGUUAAACCUGAAAAAGAUUCAGUGGCAAUCACAGCCACAGAUUGCAUCGUCUGUUUCAAAUCCGGCCUCAAAAGUUCUGUCACAAAAUUGUGGGGAGGAUGCAUGCAAUCCAUCUGCAAGUUCCCAAGAAAAGGGGAAGAACAUGCUGGAUGCCAAAGAUAAGAGUUCAGAGAAGUCUGAAACACUAGAUGCAAAUCCUAGGCUCCAUUUUGACAUCAGGAAGAGCAGAACUGACGGGUGGAUCAUUCCAAAGGAUGAAUCUGCAUUUCAAUUCGCUCAACCUUACAAAAUUGCAGCAAAGGUAUUAGCAAAGUUGCGCAUCAGGGGAAGUGGAAAAAAUGCAAAAGAAGAUGAUAGAAAUUUUCAACAAAAUAAUUCAUCCUAUUCUUCAGUAUGCAAUGAAGUAAUAAAAGAGCCAAAUUAUCAUAGAGAUGCAAAAGAAUCAUGUCCAAACUGCUGCAAUUUUGAUACCAGGUAUAAGGGAGAAAAUCCCAAGAAAAAAAUUGUUUCCUUUGCUGCAGAAAGAGAAUAUUCAAAUGGUAAUGAGCACAGGAUUCCAAAUACUCCUGGAGAGGGUUCUUCCAAAGAGUGCCACAAGUGUUUUGCAGUGCCCGGACUCAGAUGUUCAUCUCCAAUAUUAACCUUUCAAUUGGAUGCAAAGGAGUCAGAGCCAGAACUAGAGGACUUGAAAGUCCUGGGGAUACAAAGCUCAGUGCAACAGCACCCAGAUGUCAAUCAAUCUCCAGGCACAGGGGGAAGCAUCAAUAGCAACAAUGGAAGUUCAUCAAGUAAAACAGAUAGUGAGUCAAGCUCAGUCUCAGAUUGUGAGAUUCAGUGGGAAGACUUACAUUUUGGUGAGGAGAUUGGCCGAGGUUCAUAUGCUGCUGUCUAUCAUGGAAUUUGGAAUGGAUCGGAUGUUGCAAUUAAGGUUUAUUUUGGGAAUGAAUACAGCGAAGGGACUUUACAAGACUAUAAAAAAGAGAUUGAUAUAAUGAGGAGAUUGAGACAUCCAAAUGUAUUGCUUUUCAUGGGAGCAGUAUAUUCACAAGAGCGACUUGCCAUUGUUACAGAGUUGUUACCCAGGGGAAGCCUCUUCAGAGUACUUCACAAAAGCAAUCAGGUCUUAGACAUCAGGCGGCGUCUCCGGAUGGCUCUUGAUGUUGCUAGAGGUAUGAAUUAUUUGCAUCACAGGAAUCCACCAAUAGUACAUAGAGACCUGAAAUCUUCCAACCUGCUAGUUGACAAAAAUUGGAAUGUCAAGGUUGGUGACUUUGGUCUGUCAAAGUUGAAGCACACUACUUUCUUGACUGCAAAAUCUGGAAGAGGAACGCCUCAGUGGAUGGCUCCUGAAGUCCUUCGAAACGAUCCUUCAAAUGAAAAGUCUGAUGUGUUCAGCUUUGGGGUCAUCCUGUGGGAACUCAUGACUCAGUCCAUUCCAUGGGUCCACCUGAAUUCCUUGCAGGUUGUUGGAAUUGUAGGCUUCAUGGAUAGAAGGUUAGAUCUUCCAGAAGGCCUUGAUCCCCGAGUUUCAUCCCUUAUCCAAGACUGCUGGAAAACCAACCCAGAGCAACGUCCAUCGUUUGUAGACUUAAUUCAUUGCGUGACAUCUUUAAUCCAGGCAUUUGCAACAGAAUCCGUCCAGGAAGCUCGGGGCCUUAAUUUGCAUGUGGUUUAAACUCGUCAAAAUGGGCUUAAGACAGUAGGAGAACAAACAGACAUAGCAACCUAGUGUAGAAACACGGUUGACACGUGAAAGUUUUGUCUUUGCAUGGGGUGGAGUGUUGAAACUUCUUAGUUGGGAGGCAAAAUGGUGCUGCUCUGAGAAGAAAUGACUGUAACAGCUCACUCUAGAGUGUGUUUCGUUGUGGAUAUAUAACCUUUAUACCAUACAGAAAUAAUGUAAAAUAGCUUGACCCCUGUACAACGCUGCUCAAUGUGACAUUCCAUGGGCCUCAAUGCAAUGGCACCAACUCAGUUUAUCAGCUUCCAGCCCCUUCCAGCAAGGAGAUGAUCAUCCUUACAUUAGAGUUUUCAUUGCUUGUUAGUGUGAGAGACCCCUUUGCUUACUGUUGAAAGGAAGAAUUUGUAUUGGAGUUUGGGUUAGUAAAGUUUGAUACGAUUUGUCACUCUUUUUGUAGAUUUGGGUCGAGUAUAAUUGUGUUUAAAUUGAAUUCAUAUUGAACUAUAAGAAUUGUUUAAUAAAUAACGUUCUUUUUCUCAA